AUGCCAAAGAAAAGAGUCCUAGUAGGCUACGGCAUCGACGUCGACGCCGUGGCAAACUGGAUCAACACCUGUGACGGCAGCCCCCAGAACCCAACAAACGUCUCUCGCGGCGUCUAUGGAGCCACAGUCGGCAUCGAUCGCCUCCUCAAGCUCUACGAAACGUACAAGAUCAAGGCCACUUUCUUCACCCCCGCCCACAGCCUCGAGACCUUCCCCAAACAGAUGACCAAGGUUCGUGAUGCUGGCCAUGAGUUAGGUCUACACGGGUAUACGCAUGAAUAUAUCUCGCAACUUUCCGCCGAACAGCAAAAGGACGUUUUGAUUAAAUCCAUCGAGGUUCUGACGAAGUUCUGCGACGGCAAGAGACCUAUAGGGUACACGGCUCCGGCAUGGUCGACCUCAAAGGAACUCAUUUCGCAGCUGGAAGCGGAAGGGAUUCUGUAUGACCACAGCUUCAUGCACCAUGAUGUCCAGCCUUACUGGGCACCGGAUCCGCUAAAGUCAGAGUGGAGAGAGACGAACCAUAAGAAUUCUGCUGAGAGCUGGAUGGUACCGAUGACUGCGUGGCAACCGUCCAAGGUCGUGGAGAUACCGUCGAAUUGGCAUUUGGAUGAUUGGCCGCCAUUGCAACCCAUACCUGGCCGACCUGGAACCCAUGGUUUCGUGGACGCUCAUGUAGUCGAGAGAUUAUGGAUGGAGCAGUUCGACUUUGCGUACAGGGAGUACGAUACCUUCAUCUUCCCUAUGAGCAUCCACCCACAAGUUUCAGGCAAGCCGCAUGUGAUCCUGAUGCACGAAAGAAUAAUCGAACACAUCAACAAACACGAAGGAGUCGAGUGGAUGACGCUUGGCGACAUGGCCAAAGAAUUCGCCGAAGGCCGAAUGCCCGGCUGGGAGGUCGAAGGCGGCGUGAUGUAG